AUGACUACCGGCUCAGCUUCUGCAACUUCAUCUUCGUCAUCUUCAAGUGUGCCGUUAUGUCCUGAUACAAACGGACAGAGUCUGGUGAAUCGAGACAGCAAUGCCUACACUUUCAAGUGCGCCUCUGAUUCAAGCACGGGGUCUUACUCAAGCGCUCACCCCCUUCACUCGUAUCUUGAUUGUAUGAAUUUGUGCGAUGAAGCCGCGGAUAGCGGUUGUACGGCAUUCACAUACGUGGGUAUCUCGCGAGGAAACGGCGCUGGUAUUUGCUACCUUAAGAGCUCCUCGGGCACUUUCUCAGCAGCUGCUGACAACUAUAUCUCCGGUUUCCUGACUGUGAACAAUACUUCUGCAAGCAGCACGACUUCUUCAGCUGUAACAGCGAGCGGUUCUACCAGUGUCCUCCCACUCGUCAGUCCUUCGGCUGAGCUCUGCCCCGAUGCUGAAACGCAAACCUUUGUCACAUCCCAAGGCGGAUCGCUCUUCUUUAUGCGCUGCUCCUCCGACACGAACAUAGGAUCAUACAGCAAUAGCAAGGCCUCUGCAUCCUGGAAAGACUGUAUGAACAGCUGUGAGACCGAUGCAAGAUGUGUCGCCUUCACAUAUGUCGGUCCUCAAGGAUCUUCUGGUUCAGGUCAAGGUGUAUGUUGGUACAAAGACACUAAAGGUAGUGCAACUGUUGCCGGACGGAACUAUAUUGCAGGUUUCUUGGCUAUCAAAGCUGUCAACUCUCGGUCGUCGGGUUCAUCUGUGAGUAGCAUCGCAACGGGCAAUCUGGCAGUGUCUUCGAGUUCUGCAACGACCAGCUCUUCGACUCCCAGUACAUCGACUGCGUCAACAUCUUGGGCUACAAAUUCGGCUGGCAACAACUACACUAUCUACCGUGGUUCGGAUACAAACUAUGGUGCGUACAGCAACCUCCCAGCAUCCAACUCUUUCAUGGACUGCACGACUGCCUGCGACAAGGAUUCGAAAUGCACAGCCUGGACUUACGUCGGUGGAGCGAAUGGUCUGGGAAACGGUGUAUGUUGGUUGAAGUAUCAACUUGGUCAGCCUGUCCCAAGCAACAGCAACAACGUCAUCUCAGGCUCUCGCUUGACCCAAGGGGUGAGGAUGCGCCGAGCUGUAUCUUCUUGGUGGAACAGUGUCACGUCGGUCAAAACUACAGCCACCGCCACUAAGACUCAGCGUGUUGCUACCAGCAUACCUAAGCCGCCACCACAUCCUGCCUGGGCUCGCUACUAUCCACAUGGCGGCAGAUGGAUGUGGAAUGGUCACAAUGAUUGGGAGUGGGUCUGGAACUAG